CCGCCACCGCCACCACCACCGCCACCGCACCACCAGUACUGUUAUGGUAACCGCAAACGCUUUUCAGAACCUUAGUCCCGGUUAAAGCAACAAUUUGCCUUCUCAUCUCAGUCAUUUCUUCUCUUUGAUAUGGAACCUCAUUAACCCUUCCAACUGGAGGAUUGACCUUGGCAUCAUCACCCAAAUUCGUAGCAUAAACCCUAUCUCGACCACCUCUACAAAAAACUCGUUGAGCCUAGAAGUCACAGCAAUAUGACACAAAACAGUGGACGACUUCUCAAUAGUCUUUGACAAAUUAACUAAUACAGCAAUAACACAAGUAUUACAACCUUUUGGUUUGAAGGCAACAAUUCUACCAAAGGCACAGAUAUUCCAGUCAAGAAACAGACCCACAUAGGAAUUCAACUUGAACAGUCCAGAAGGAAAUCAAUCAGCCAAAAAUUAAGCGUUUAUUCAAGAAUCAAAUUACGAUUUCAAGAAUCAAGAAUUUAGUAACCAAGAUUCAAGAAUCAACUGAUGUGGACAUACCAGAAUUCGAAUCAAGAAGAAAAUCCAAGUCUCAGAACUCGAGCAAGAAUCAAACCCUCUGCUUCGAAUCUCAACCACCAAGUCAGAUUGUAACUAUCCAGUAGGUUGCGAUCUCAAAACGCUUGAACCCAUUUGUGACUUUGAAUCAGGAGUUGCGUGAGAUAGCAACUUCGAAUCUCGUGAAGAACUCCAAAUCACAAAUCAACUUAGAUGCAAUCUGAAGGAUGAGAGUCACAACUGUGUCAAAGCUUCUGGAUCAAAGUUGGGCUUCGAACUCAAACACCCUGGUCGCAAGGCCAGUACAAACUUCAAAGCCGAGAUGUCCUGCGAAUUCAAUUCAAGAAACCAGAUUGCGUUGCAAGAAGUUCCAGAAAUUCCAAACUUAUGGGCUCUGUGAUUUCGAAAUCGCGAUUGCGAUUGAAACAGCAACUUUGAAUCGCGGUAUUUUCGCAAAUGGGUUCUUCAAAUCAGAAUGAUCUUCGCAGAUUCUGGGUUUUACAAACAAGAAUGUCGAAGACGAUCCAAGUGAACAGGAUCAAGAGAUCGAAGGUCAAGCUUUCAUGUUGCAAUCAAGAUUUGAACCCCAGGUUGAGUCGUGACUUUGGAAUUUAGGUCAGAUUGCUACUUCGACUCAGGGCAGUACAUGGGCAAAGCAACUUGUUCAUUUCUAUGGAUGAUGAAGCCUCAUACAGUCAAGGAGAACCAGGGGAUAUAUAUGAGCAUGCAGUUGUUUUAAGUGUGAAGAUUGAGGACCAGGAUGCCUUUGAAAGGGAUUUUUUCCAGUUGAAACCUUACUAUACAGAUGCACAUAGCCGCAUUCCACAAUCUCCUCAGGAGUAUCCUAUCUUAGGUCUCAACCUUUUGAGACUCCUUGUGCAGAAUAGAAUUGCUGAAUUCCACACUGAAUUGGAAUUGCUUUCAGCCAGUGCUGUGGCGAAUAAUUGUAUCAAGCAUGCUGUAGAGCUGGAGCAAUCGUUUAUGGAGGGGGCUUACAACCGUGUCUUGAGUGCAAGACAGACUGUACCCCAUGAAACUUAUGUUUAUUUCAUGUAUCUGUUGGCAAAGACAGUCAGAGAUGAAAUAGCUGGAUGCUGUGAAAUGGCCUACGAUUCACUUUCAAUUAAUGAUGUAAGGAAAAUAUUGUUGUUCUCUUCAGACAAAGAACUUUUUGAGUAUGUCAAAGAGGAACAUCCUGAGUGGGAUAUAAAGAACGGGUUUGUGAUUUUAAAAAAGGCAAAAGAAUCUGCAGCUUGCAAGGAGAUACCGUCUCUGCAACUCAUCAAUCAGACACUCAGUUAUGCAAGGGAGUUGGAGUGGAUAGUGUGAAAGAUAUGCUGCCCGAUGUUGUCAAUGCUACCACCAUUCUAUGGUCUAACUUCCUGAUGCUAAACUUAUGUUUUGCUGAAUUUUUCCCUGAUGCUAGGAUCACUUUUUGUAGUUAAAUUUGUUGACGGUCUGCAGUGCGCAUUCACAGCAUUUUGUUUUGGCUUCCCCUCAAUUGAAUACUUGAUUUCUUUUUCUUUCUUAUCAUUUACGGAACACAAUUUAUUUUAAUUGCAAUCUUUGUGUCAGGAGAACGAGAAAAUUAAACUGAAUGGCUGAUUGUAUUAAGAAUCCUCUCUCUCUCUCUCUCUCUAUAUGUAUAUAUAUAGCACAUUGUCAAA